AGGCACGGACGUGUCGCGGUGUCCCGAUAUUUUUAAAUCGUGAUCUUGUGAACUUUUCGACAAGUGUGACAAUUAUAAUUUUUUUAUGUGUUCAUAAAUAAUUAAUUCAGUGGCAGUGAAGUGUAUUUGCAAAUGGAUUGCUGUAUGUUACAUGAUUAACACUGUACAUAGAAGCAAUUCGGAAGCGAAGUCGCAACAUUGGGACAUACAUACAAAACGUGAGGUGACAGGAUGACAGCGGACGUCAAACUCGCAGCGACUAAUUAGCAAAAUGAUCUUCAAAAACGUGUUCGAACACCAGGAGAUGACGUGACCAAAAUGAGAACGAUAGACAAUAGAACUUAGUGAAUAAUGUGUUUUAAAUGAGGUUUAAUGAUGCCUGAUCGGGAGUCAGUGGCUCCUACCAGUAGUGGUUUCCUGCCACUACAGUUCCCUUCAGCGUUCGCAGCGUUUCAUGCUACCACACCCCCAGCUCCCACCUCAGCGAUGCACCACGCGAGUCACUAUCAUCACCAUGCGCAGCUAGCAGCUGCGGCAGCAGUUGCAGCAGGUGCUACCAGCGAACUCAACUAUCUGGCUGCUCUUCAUCCAGCAUACAGACCUGUUCCGUACGACCAUGCCUUGUACGGAGCUAAUACGCUACGAGGGCUAGAAUACCUAAGCGCUGCGCGGAGUCUUCACCCUGAGCUACACGUGGGCAGCACUCUCGCCAGUCAGGACUUCCAACUAAGCUUGGAAGGAUCAAGAAUAUCAUCUCCUAACCGAUUGAGGCUUUCGGGUGGAGCUAUAAGCGCAUCAGCUAAUAGGAAACGAGCCGUAUCCUGGAGUCCAUAUUCCGCGGAGUCUUUAGACUUGGCUGCUGUGAUCAGAGCGUCACCAGCCAGCCUGGCUGUGAGAGCUCCUUCGGCAGCAUCUACUGGCAGCUAUGGCCACCUUAGUGCAGGUGCGAUAUCUCCAGCCCUUUCCUUGUCGCACGCGUCUCUCGCUCAGCAACUGCUGGCGAGAGGUGGAGUGGUCGGGAGCAGUGGAGUGCUGCCACCUGGAGUACUCCUGGAUCCAGCUCAUCAGCAGGCUGCGGCUGCCGCGGCACAUCACGCGGCGCAUGCGCAUCUGGUUGCUGAAAUACACAGAUCUCAUAUAUCAUCACCGAACCAGCUGAUAAUUGGCGCACCAGUAGACGUCAGACCAGGUCUUGGUCUCAACGGAACUCCUCCCCAACACAUGCAGCAACCACAACAGCAGCCAGAGAUCACCAGUGUUAUGGAAGCUGACAGCGCUUCGACAGCCCUGAAUCAAAGGAAGUCGCCCCAGAGUAUUCAUCACCGGGAGAUGCACAGCAAUAAGCCCUUAUCAGCAGCGGCAGAAAGUACCGUCCAUGAUGGUUUAGAUUCUAAGGACGAGCCUGGAGAUUUCAUCGAGACUAAUUGUCAUUGGGUGGAUUGCAAACUAGAGUUUCCAACUCAGGACGAUCUUGUGAAACAUAUUAAUACUGACCACAUUCAUGCGAGCAAGAAGGCAUUUGUCUGCCGAUGGGUCGGCUGUUCCAGAGACGAGAAACCCUUCAAGGCACAGUAUAUGCUGGUGGUUCACAUGCGGCGGCACACGGGGGAAAAACCUCACAAAUGCACGUUCGAAGGAUGCUGCAAGGCGUACUCCCGCUUAGAGAAUCUCAAGACCCAUUUGAGGAGCCAUACUGGAGAAAAACCGUACACCUGCGAGUACCCUGGAUGUGCAAAGGCUUUUUCCAACGCAAGCGACAGAGCCAAGCACCAAAACCGAACUCAUAGUAAUGAGAAACCUUACGUAUGUAAAGCACCGGGCUGCACGAAACGUUAUACGGAUCCUUCGUCGUUGCGCAAACACGUGAAGACUGUCCACGGUGCUGAGUUCUACGCCAGUAAGAAGCAUAAAGGCUGCAGUCGAGGUGACGAUUCUGCAGAAUCAGGGGGCGGUGGGGCUGGUUCAUCUCCGAGGUCUGAAGAAGGUGGAAUGCCCAUGGGCAUUAGAGGCCAUACAUCAUCAGCAUCCGUGAAAAGCGAAAGUCCAGCUUCGCCAUUACCUCUUGGAUUACAUACUUCAGCACAUCAGCUCUCUGCUCAGUGUGGUGGAGAUCUGGACUUCGGCAGCUCAGGUCUUAGCGGGUUCAACGAUGAGAACGGAGUCCCCUACUUUAGGCUAGAUGGAGAUGUGGAGCAGGAAGUAGUUGGAGAAGUCGGUCAACUCCCACUGAUGCUGCGAGCGAUGGUUGCCAUAGAGCCUCGAGCUCAUCACGCGCCAAGGUUCAACAAGAUGGGAGUCAGCAGAAUCAUGCCAAUGCACCAGGCUGAUCUAAGUGGUAAUCCAGGAGUUACAGGCAGAACAGAACUAGGAGGUACCAAUGUAACAGUGGAGUUGAAGUCAGCGCUCCCAAACAAUAGAAGGGACUCCGGGAUAUCGUCCGGGAGCAGCUUAUAUAGUGCGAGAUCGUCAGACAUAUCCCGCAAGAGUAGCCAAGCUUCCGUGGUCUCCGGAGCUGUGAUUGGUGUACAAAGGCUCGUAUCGCAAGCAGCAGCUUACGACCAGCUAUCUCCUGAUAGCAGUAGAAGAUCUAGUCAAGUUUCAUGCGUAGGAUAUGCGCCACCACCGUCAUCAGCUCUUGCAGCGGUACAAGCUGUGAGGACGUCUCAGGGAAAUCAGGCUGUGCUGCUCCGAGGCGUGACGUGUACUGAAGUAAGAGCUGAAGAAUUGGCUUUGGAGCUGGAUCCCAAUGUACAAGUGAAGGAAGAAGCGAGAAGAUUAUCAGAACAAUCUAAUUUGAGCGACCAGACACAGUCAUAUCAACCGUACCCGUGUAAUAAUGAUGAAAAUGAAGCCCCAUUUCCGUUCAAGACGGAAGACGAUCAAGAAGCUGUCACUUACAAGGAAUCCCGGUCCAACUCCACAAGCACAGUGGUGGUCACCACAGCGCAGGUUCAUCAUCCCAAUCAAGAAGUUAAUCUUGAACAGGUCGCUGAAGGUGAAAUGGUGGAGAACAAGCUGGUGAUACCAGAUGAAAUGAUGCAAUAUCUUAACCAAUCCAUAUUGGGAACCGACAUGGUAGCACCAGCUAAGACGGACUCCACCAAUCAGGAAACCAAAACAGAUAAGAAUAAUGAAAACUCAACCGAACACAACACGACCAGUGACAUACAAACAAACAAUUCCAGUGAAAAGAUAAGUGACGUUGCAACAAGUGAUGAUUCUUUACUCAAAAAUUUAGGUGCCAUAGGUAGUGAUCUCAAUAUAAGUGAUAUACAAGUCGAUUUAAGAGGAUUAGAUGUUAGUAUGUCAAGCAAUGGUGGCAGUCUUCUAGCUUCUAAAUCGUCGGAUGAUAAAGAUUCGCCUUUACAUGAUAAAGUUAUCCAUGAUGUCAUAAAUGAAAACUGCGAGAAAGAUUUCAGUAGAACGACAGCCAAUCAAUCCAUUUCUACACAGAACACACGCCAAUCCUUACAAUCUGCGAGUCAAACAGAACAAACAAAUUUGAUACGAAUGAAGAAUGUGCCAAAACAAAAUCCAAUUACGUCCAAAGCUCCACCGACUAAUGUUCAGACUAUGAAUAUGAAUCUACCCCACAGUAUGCUAAGUCCUCAGAGUUUACCUCACAGCAGUAUGAGUCCACAGAGCGUGAUGAGUCCACAUAAUAUCCCGAACAAUAUCAUGAGUCCACCAAGUGUGUACAAUGUUAUGAGUCCUCAAAGUGCUAUGAGUGUCAUGUCUCCCCCACACAAUGCAUUAAGUCCCCAAAGUAUGCAGAGCUUAAUGAGCCCACAGAUACCCAAUCAGAUGGUAAUGAGCCCCCGACACAAUAUUGGAAGUCCAAUGUCACAAAACAUGAACAGCCCUAUGAUGAACAUCGCCAGUCCAAUGGCGCAGAAUAUUGCAAGUCCCAUGAGCCAUGGCAUGCGAAGCCCAAUGCAUCCAGGCAUACAAAGUCCUGUAACCAGUCCAAUGAUUCAAAACAUGACAAACAUGGCAAUGAAUAUGUCACCUUCACAGAUGCAAAAUCAAAACACUGGUAUGACCAUGAAUGUAAAUAAUGUGAAUACGAAUAUCCCCGGACAGAUGCAACAGAAUAAUAGACAGAAUUAUAACGUUAAAAUACCUAACAAAAACUUCAACCCAAAUCAUUAUCAAAACCAAAAUUAUACCCAACCACAAUAUCCGGUUCCGAACGCAUCAAUGAAUGGACCUCAUCAAACAAUGUCUCCUUAUCCUACGAUGCCACAAUACAUACAAAAUCAACAAGGAAUGCAACAAAUAGUUCCAAAUCGGCAAAAUAUGAUGCCUUAUAACAAUCAAAUAGCAAAUUAUCCCCAAAACUACAUGAACCAAAGUAAUCAAGUGUAUCCAACUCAAAUAUCAAGAUCUUCCAUGAUGAGCGUAGAUAACAGUGGUAAUAUGAGCCGUGGAACAAUGAAUGGCUAUAAUGAUCAGAAUCAAUGCCAACCACAACAGAAUCCAUACCAAAACAUGCAUUACCCGCAACCACCUCCAUACAAUUCGGUUGUCAACUCUGUCAAUGCAAUGGGACCACCACCACCAAAAAAUAACCAAUACACGAACCAGCAAUACUAUCAGAGACCGUACAACCAAUGGGAUUACAACCAAUUUAAUAAACAAAAAUCGAUGCAAAAUUCCGUUGAUAUGUCAACUGGUAGCCAAAAACCGCCAAAUGGAAUGAGGUCAAUGAAUUGUAACGGAAAAAACGGGGAGCAACAAGCAGACUGCAGCAUGAAUAGUUUACGAAGUCAGAAUAACCAAACCAGUGAAGUGCAGGUGUGGGACAUCUCCCAGUCACAGAUAGAAGCAACGAACAACAGGAAGAAACAGAACAACACGAUGCGCCAAGAGACAUACCAGAGGACGCUAGAGUAUGUUGAGAGUUGUGAGAACUGGAAGAGUUCUGAAAUGGUGUCGAGCAGUACUCACCCACUGCAGGGCGGAGACAAUAUGGUUGUGAAUGAUCUCCAGACGUCGUUAUCUUCGUUUUAUGAAGAGAACCAAUAUUUACAAAUGAUACAAUAAGGCUUAGAUCAUUUAUACGUCUAGAUAGACUAUGACAGCUGUGAAAGCGUCGAAAAAAAUAGACUUUAGAACUUAUCUCUAUUUUGAGCAAUUCACGCACACUAACACAAAGUGUCAUACAAAUGGCGAGUGUAAGACGUAGCCUGUCACGCACACUGAACUAAUAAUCCUAGCCUGUUUUUAUCGGUUAUCUAACAGCAAGAUAAUCUACCUAGAUGUAUAAAUUAUUUAAGGCGGUAGUUAUUUUGAGAAGCUUUUAGGGCCGUUUGUUAUGUACGCUUUUGAAAUACAUUUAACGUUAAUACUAUGAACUCAAAUCCACAAAUUUUAUAUUUUUAAUUAAAUAGAAAAACCAAACUAAUUUAAGUAAUAGUAUUGUUAUAAUACUUUUGUCUUCACGGUUAGCACAAAAUUAUUAGCAAAACGGAGAAAAAAUAUAUUUAAGAUUUUAAUUUUUCAGCGGGAAAGGUUGUAUUUUUUAUUAGUGCGGCAUUUCCCCACCGUUAGUUGUGUCCAUACCAAACGGUGACUAUUGCAUUUUGGAUAUUUAAGGGUAAUAAGAUGUUUAACUAUAGACUGAUUAAUUAUACAUUUUUAUGUUAAUUAUUACUAAAAGACAGACACACGAGAGAAUAUGUAAAUAUACAUAAUAGUCUUCCAUUUUUCCUAAUCGAGUACAAUAUUUUCGAUGUUAUAUUUAGGUAUUUUUGUAAAAAUGUAUAUAGGAUGUUACAUCAAAUGUUGAAUUUUUAAACCAGUGCCUAUAUUAAGGAAUCCAAGUGCCUUUUGAGAUUAAAGAUGUACAAAGAUAUUUUUUGAUAUUAAUUUUAAAUUUGUUUUAAGUAGUUAUAGAAUUAUGAAUAUAAUUUUUAUGACAUACAGCAAAGGGUUGACUGUAAUCGGUUUCAGAAAAAUAUCUUACUGACUACGAAGGGAUUAAAUUUAGAUUAAGGAUUGGUCUCCGCUGCAUUCCAAUUAGAUACCGCAGGCGUAGUCGCACAGUGCGGCAACUUUUACAACGCCUACUAAUGUGACGUUGACGUGCCACAUAUUCUGUUAAACUUUGCUGAUAAUUGAAACUAAAAUGCCAGGUUGUGUAGUCAAACAUUGCAAAUAUAAUACUACAAGGAAUAAGAAAUAGACUGGGAUCACAUAUCAUCAGUAAUUAUUUUGUAUUUUAUUAAUUUCAAUGUAAUAAUAACACGAAGCGUAUGUUAGAAAAUUUGAAAGAUGCCAUUGAGUGUCAAGAUGCCACGCAAACAAGCAUCUAAUAGUUGCCGCAAUAAAAAAGCUAUUGUUCUUAGGUAGUGUGGUUACUAGUUGUAUCGUAGCGGAGCAACCAAUCCUUAAUCUUAGGGCUUAAACUAUCUUUCCGUAAUAAAUCUUAUGAAUGCUAUUCUUUAUUAUAACUAUUAAAGUAUUUUUAAGUAAGUUUUGACUAAUUUUUUUAUCAAACCGACUGCAGUUCGUCUUUUGUGUAUGUACUAAAGCAAUAUUUAGUAAGUUUUAGGUUUCGAAUCUCCUAGUUUAUAUUUUCAUUGAGAUUAUUAGUUUUAAUUACAUUGUUAAUUAGUUAGGUGCUUUAUUGAACGCACAAAUGAAUAGAAUUAAGCUAUUUUGUAUUAAAUUAUUGUUUUUACUGAUUGUAAAGAAAUUUGUAAACGACAGACGAAAUAAAUCUAAAUAAAUGUCUUAUUUGUAAA